AUUAGUUCAAAUUAUAAAUUAGCGAUUAAGUGUAGAAUUUAAUGCAAAAUUUUUUUUCCCAUAUUGUGCUAAUUUACCUCUAGCUAGACUGUAGAUAGGAACACAUAGUGUUGAAGGUAUUAGUUAAAAUUUCUAAAAGCUGAGAUGGAUUUAGCUUUCAUCUGUUCCUUCUUACACUCCAAAGUAACCUUGCGUGUUACAAUUUCAUCAAUUUAACAGACCGCUUGUACCAAACCGACUUAGUUCAAACAAAUCAUAACUUCUAAGGGAACUAUUAGCCGAUCAUUUGAGUAUUUUUUUUUACCAUCAUUGGUGUGUUUUUUUGCGAGAUCAAAAAUAGUAAUGGUAAGUUUGUACAGUAUACAGGUAAGUUAGGAACUGUAAAAACAAUUGAUACAAUUAUCAGCCAGCACUGGUAGUGCAGAACAACAAAAAAGGAACACUGCUAUUCUACAAAGAGAAUCUAGCAGUUCCCCAGAUGAUACAACAAGUCAAUCAUAACUAAGGACCUGUCAUAGAGGAGUAGGAAAUAAAAUGUCAACUAAGAAAAUUUUGAAAUCGAGCUCACACCAACCGAAUGCCCAUACACUGGUCAGUUGUGUACAAUCAAUUCUGUCAAAAUAUGAAUGUGAAAAUUUAGGUAAAUCUACUAAUCAUGUUAAAAAAAAAUAUUAUGUAAAAGAGAAAGAUUAUAUCACAAAAAGAAUUCCUCUUAGUACUGAAGACUUGCUUGAGUUUUCAAUAAGUCGCACUCACUGCCCAAUGGUCGUGAGACAUAAAAAACAAAUAUGUAAAAAACUGAGCAAGUCGCAUUCCCAACCAUUGAGGAUUCAACAAUCCUCUAGUUUAACUCAAACAAAAAAUCGCUUUAAAAUUUCCUUGGCAAGAAAAAUUUCUUUUCUCAAACAGAACAAUCCAAAUACAAAAUCUAUAGGAUAUUAUGGAACUUGCUUUUGCAAUUUAUUUAAAUUUAACUCUAAAAGGCUUAGGGUGGUUGAGAAGAAUAAUAAAGCAGACAAAUGUAUUUGUCAUAGCCAGAACAAUAAACGGAAUUCCAAAACUAAAGGUCGAUUUAAACAUACUCACAGCAUUUGUGAAACAAAAAAUGUAAAGAGAGCUUAUCCUUCAGAGGAAGUAAAAAAAGUUGAAAAUCUAAAAACGUAUGAAUCUACUGAACCUACCACCAAACCUAGGAGGAUUCAAUUUGAGGAUAGCUGCAGAUGUCAAGACUGUUACAGACGUUACAUGACCAAUCAGAAGGUUUCAAAAAAAUUGAUUUCAACAAGAGGUUAUUCAGCUCAAUCAGCAAGUCAUGCGGCUGAAAAUAUGCAGAAAAAUAAUGGGUAUAUGGAUUUAAAGAUGAUUGAGAAAAAUCAAUUACUAGGAGGGAAGUAUUCUACUAUUUUAUACAAACCAAAAGAUAAUUCAAAGACUGUUGAAAAAAUAUACCAACCAGAACAUUCAAUGUUAGAGAAUUUUAUUUCUUCUCAUAACAUUUUUGAAAAUGUUGUAGAACUGGAUGUGUCUCAAAGUCAGUUCUGUAAAAUAUCAACAUUUCUGAAAAAUAACACAUCUAAAUGUCAAAUUAACAACUCAGAAGUACAUGAUUUAUCAGUUCAGAAAAAGAUAAGCAACAAAAGUGCCAGAGAUUCAAAAGGUAAAAAGGUUGGCCUGAAAGGAUUACACAAUAUAACUAAGGAAGUUGAUUAUUCCCGUGUAAAACAACAUAAAUUACAUGAUGACUCCUCAGGGUGUGAUCUAUUUGCCAGUUUAGCACAAGACAAGUGCUCUAAUACUAAAGCUAACUGUGUAAUUCGUAAAAUCUGUCAAUGCUCAAAGUGUCUUGGAACUGGCCAUGAGGAAAAUGUUAAUUCUGAUUCAUACUGUUGGGACAGCCAUCUCAACACAAAUAUAUCACAAGUUUGUAACAAUAGCGACAUAACCAACACAAACUCAGAUUUGGAACGAAAAAGGGUUUUGCCAUCCAUAUCUGAGAAAGUUUUAACAAUUUCAAAAUCUAGUGACACAGAAGUUCCAAUAUCAAAAGCAAAAAAUGUUAACAAUGUUGCUGUACAAACUGACAGAUAUUUAGCAAUGGAUGUAUCUGGGAUAACAAGGAUGACUGGACAUGUAAGUACACAUUGUCAUUCUCAUGGCGAUGUACUGAAAAGUCAUAUUGGCACCCCACCAAAACCCAAAAAAUUACAAAGCAAUACAUUUAUUAUAACUAAAUCUUCUACAAGAGAAAAUGUUAUUAAUUAUUUGGAAUAUGACAUGAAUAUGUUUAAUGACAGAUUUAGUCAACACCAAAUAAAAGAAUACAGAAUACAAAAGAAGUUAUAUCCAGUUCACGGUAAUCUCCAAGAGCCUUUUGCAACACCCAACCAGGUUUCAAAUUUUUUCAAGUCCAACUUAAAUACAUAUAAAGCAUUUUACUAUGGAACAACCACUGUUUCAAUUGAUUCAGAAAGUAAAUAUUCCACUCUUGAAAAACAUAAUUCGUUGGAGUGCCAGAAAAAAACUACCUCAUCAUCUUUUGUUAGUCCUAUAUUUCCAGGUAAAAAAUACUCUAGAAUAAACAAUUAUAGCCAUGACAUAUUUUUAGCAAACAAAUCUUUACAUGAAUUCCCUUAUAUUAUAAAAACGGUGGACCAGUCCUCAUAUAAUCUAUGGGAGUACAAAUCUAAACAAAAAAACAUUAAUUUACAAUGUCUGCCUCAUGACUACAAUGAUUCCACCGUAAAAACUUAUGUUGAAGACAUAAAAUCAGCGAAAAGUCAUCACCUAGAUAUACAACAAACAACAGGUUUUAAAUAUGAAACACAUCGGAUAGUAUUUCAAUCAAAUAAUGAACAGUUACAUUCUGAAACAAUUCAAUAUAAUCAAGAUAGAAACACUUUGACCAAUUCAUCAUUUUCCAUAACAAAUAAAAACAUGUUACAUCCAAACAAAAAAGACGAUUUUAGUUUGGCAAUUAAGAAUAAUUUUUCCAGUUGGAAUGAUCAUCAGUCAAUUUCUAGAUAUGAAGAAGAUACAUGUGAGCCCAAUUUAAAUGCCUUACAUUGUAAUCCUUUGGAAAAUAAAAGGACGGUUACCUCCUACAUUCAAUUAACAGAAUCAGAUAAUAAAAAUCCAGCCCCAGUUAAUGAUGAAAAAGAGAGAAUUCUAAUGGUUAAUCAAGAUUCUCAGAGUGCAAACAUUUUUGAAGAAAGAAUUAUAAGAAACUAUGUAACUAACUGUGAACACAGAUUUAAUUUCAUUGGACAAAAAACCAAACUGCAAAACAAAAACAAAAAUGAUAUAUUUCCUAAUUAUAUAGUUGAUGUUAGCUCCAACCAUACACACUCAAGAAACUAUAUUGAUAAAAAUCAAAAUACUGACAACAGCAAUGAUAAUGAAACUGGAUGUAAUCAGCAAACAUUUCCUUACAUCAUUUUUAAAAUGUCUGUAAUAUUUGAAGAAUACAAUGGUAUUAAUAAGGAUGGAAAUGAUGAUAAGGUUUAUCCGGGAACAAUAGUUUGUAUCAAAGUCUAUUACUAAUAUUAAAAUGUCCAAAAAUAAAUGAGAAAAAGCAAUUUUAUCAAUGGAGGACGCAAUUCUGGGAAACUCAAAAGGUGCGACUUACAAGUCUUUCAUUCUUGAUGUUGAAAUAGUGAUAAGAUCUGAAGGAACAGCCAGCAUAGCAGAACAAAAAGUGAAAAACAAAAAUGACGGAAGCAGUAAAGAAAAGACAAAGAAUACAGAGCAAAAGAAUAAUUCACAGAAACAAACGGCCGAUGAUGUUUAUUUAUUAACCACAGAACAAGCAAAUCUUUCCAAGAUCAAUAAUCAACCAAACAGCAAGAUCAGUAAAGUAGUGCUUGACCACAAAUCAAGUGUUUUGAAUGAAACAAAUCCAAUCAAAGAGGACUGUGACAUAAGUUUACUUAUAAAUACCGCUAAUCAAAAUCUUUCUAUCAGUAGAAAAGGAUUGAAUUAUACAAAUUCAGCCCAUGUAUUAACUUGUUGCUCAAACAUGUACAGAGUCGAGGCAGAUUCAGUUAGCUUGCUAGAAAGGAACAUUACUGACAACUAUUUGUUUCCUAGACUGAAGAACAGUUAUUCAGCAAUAUACUAUACACAAACUUUAGUCAAAACUCGUAAUAACAAGUUUCAUGAAGAUUACCAAUCAAAUCUGAAAAAUAGUGUUAAAAAAACCAAAUCAGAUGUAGAACAUUUAUUUUUGGCAAAAACUGAUAACAUUUCUAUGAUUGACACUAUUAAGUCUAGUGUCUUUUUAUGUACUUCUUAUUCAGCCGCUACAAUUGCAAGAGGUGAUAACAAUAUUUCAAAGGACUUAAAAAUGUUUAAAGAACACACAAAAAAUCAAAGAAACAAAACUAACUACCAAAAAAGCCCCCCCACUGUGAUGAAUAGUAAAAAAAAUAUCCUUUGCAAACCUAUAAAACCUUCCAAAAUUGCAAACUAUUGUCAAACAGUAAACAACUUUAAAGAGAUAUUAAGUUUUUUAAAUACAAUAAAAGUUUAAAAGGGGUAAAAAUAUAAAAAAAAACACAUAUAUUUAUCAGUGUCAGACAAUAAGUCAAA